AUGGUAAAUGGAGGAGACAAGAGGUUUAGCUCCAAACAGGUUAUACAGUGGUCUGAUGAAGCGGAAGAUACUCUAGGGAAGGCUCAAAGGUUAUGUACCAAUGCUCAAAGACAAUUACAUAUUACUCAUCAAUUAUUAAUAGAUAAGUUACCAAAUGAGGUAGAAGCUACGGAGUUUUUGUUUGCUAGUUAUAAGAAACAGUUUGAGGUCAUUGAGAGACAUUUGGAGGUGAUAAGGUAUGGUCUAGGAGAAAUCGAUGCUAAGCUAGUUGACUUUGAUAAGAUCUUGAACCCAAGUUUGAACCAAUUGGAUGGUAUAAUAAGCAAAUUGAAAGAGACACAAGUGCCCUCUUUUGUGCAAAUAGACAACGACUCUGGGAACAAAAAUUUGCUAGACUUUAUUGCUACUGAGUCUGUAACUUUGCUAAAGCUGAAUAUUGAGGUAUACAAGUCCAAUUGUCUGAAAAUACGGGAUUUUCUUCAUAAAAAAUUUCAUUGCGAAAUGAAACAAGAACAACAGAGUUUCAUUAAGCAGCAUAGUACAAUUUGCAAAGCUAACGAUUUCUUAGUACCAAUCCAGCUUGAGUUGAGAAUAACUAAUGGCAAAUUAUCGGAAUCCAAGAGCCUGGUUGGAGUCAUAUUGAAGGAAAAUGAGUCCUUAGAAAACGAGUUAGUAUCAAUGUUGGAAAUGAUAACAAACCAUUUCGAUCAAUGUCAAAAGGCUGUUGAAUUAUUAAAAUCUGAAAACAGUGCUAUUCGGGUGAAUUUAGAAGUCCUCGAACGAGAUUCACAAGAGCUUGCGGAUGUGUUCAAGGAACUCAACACAGUAUGUAAUAUUAUUCUGACAAAUUCAAUCAAAUCAGAAAAACUAUACAAGCAACACAAGGCUUAUAUCGACGCAAGUAUGAAUGGAAUGAAAAUGGAAUUGGAGAGAUUCAGAACUUUCAAAACCAGUUCAAUUCCUCGUUUUUUAAUCUUGGUGAAAAAUUGUAAAGAAAUUACAAACCAGUGCUCAAUCACCGAUACUGAACUAGCCGAACGACUUACACCGUGUGAGAUAUAUGCGGAAACAAUCAAACAACUCAUAUUCCAUUACAGCCAGUUCUUGAACAUAUACAAAUCCAAAUACUUGACUGAACUUCAUCACGAGCAAUUCCAAUAUCCUAGGAAAUUUUUGAGAAGAGUUGGAGAGUUUCUAAAUGAAGAGCUAUAUAGAAUGCAGUUGGAGGAAUUGAGCCACCGCAAAAAUUGGUUAGCCAAGUAUGGAGAUUUUAUACCAAAGGAGUUUAAGCUUCCUGGAGAACAAGAGAUGCCCUCGGUGGUUCAAGUGAAUACUCAAGGAUUGGGACAUAUUCAAAACGUCAAUGGAAUUGAAGAGUUUAAUCAGGGAGAAGAAAAACAAUUAUUAGCAUUGAUAAAAAGGUUAAAAAGUCUGGAGUUAUAA